GUGUCUCUCCGUCGGCAAACCGAACCCUGUCUUCAGAGGGUCUGCAGGUUUAUCAAUCGGGGCUCGGUCUGAUGCGGAGGAGAGCUGGGGGGCGGCUUCCGAGAAGCCCCGAGCGGACGGAGGCUCCCGCCGCCCGCCCUCUUGCCUCCCCGGCACCCUCGCCCGAGAUGGUCCGUUCCAAAGCGCGCGCUCCGCUCCCACGGCUCGGCGGCUGCCUGGGCGGUGGGGGGCAGCGGCCAGGGAGACCCGGAGCCUUGCAGAACGCUCGCGCCGUCGCGCCUAGAAGCCGAGGCGGCCGCGUCGCCGGGCAGGACCAUGGCGAAGGAGGAGGACGAGGGGGAGCUGAAGGUUCCUGAGGAGAUGUUCAAGGAUGUCAAGUUCUUCGUGGUGGGAGACAUCGAUCCCAAGGUUAUUCAGCUUCUGAAAGAUGGGAAGGCAAAGGAAGUUUCCUAUAAUGCUCUAGCUUCACACAUCAUUUCAGAAGAUGGGGAUAAUCCAGAAGUUGGCGAAUCUCGUGAAGUGUUUGAUCUUCCAGUAGUAAAACCUUCCUGGGUGACUUUGUCAGUUCAAUGUGGAGCUCUUCUGCCAGUAAAUGGUUUCUCCCCAGAAUCCUGUCAGAUCUUUUUUGGAGUUGCUGCUUGUCUAUCUCAGGUUUCCUCUGAAGACCGGAGUAUGCUGUGGGCUUUGAUUACAUUUUAUGGUGGGGAUUGCCGUUUGAGCCUCAAUAAAAAAUGUACUCAUUUGAUUGUGCCUGAACCCAAAGGGGAAAAAUAUGAAUGUGCCUGUAAACGAGAGAACAUUAAAAUUGUGACGCCUGACUGGGUUCUAGAUUCUAUAUCUGAUAAAACCAAAAAAGAUGAGGUUUCCUAUCAUCCUCGCUUAAUAAUAUAUGAGGAAGAAGAGGAAGAAGAAGAGGAGGAGGAGGAAGAAAAUGAAGAACAGGAUUCUCAGAAUGAAGGGAGUACUGAUGAAAAGUUAUCAAGUCCACCAUCUUCUCAAGAAGGAUCACCUUUGGGCAAUCGAACUUUUUCUCCAAAGUCUGUUGAUGCUGACAAAACCAAAGGAGAACUGAUGUUUGAUGAUUCAUCAGAUUCCUCUCCUGAAAAGCAUGAAAGAAAUUUGAACUGGACAACAGCUGAAGUUCCACAGACUGCUGCAACAAAACACCGAUUGCCUUCAGGCAAGGAUUCUGGACUGAUUAAUUUGUGUGCGAAUGUCCCACCUGUCCCAGGCAAUAUUUUGUCCUCUGAAAUAAGAAGUAAUAUAAUAGCUUCAGUACAAACUCCCCAAAGUUCUGGACAUCCUGAAGUGAUGGCAACAUGGAGUCCUGCAGUCCGGACGCUAAGAAAUAUUACCAAUAAUGCUGAUAUUCAGCAGGUUAAUAGACCAUCAAAUGUAGCACAUAUCUUGCAGUCACUUUCAGCACCUACAAAAACUUUGGAGCAACAGGUAAACCAUAGCCAACAGGGACAUUCAAACACAGUAUUGCUUAGCCAGGUUAAACUGACUCCAGAAGCACGGUUAGCACAGCCACCGCCGCCGCAGCAUCACCAAUCUCAGCAACCACAGCAACAGCAUCACCAUCUCCUGCAUCUUCAACCCCAGCAACUCCUGCAGUUGCAGCAACAGUCCCAGCCACCACAGCCUCAGAUUCCCCAGCAGCCUUUCUCACAGCAGCCUCAUCAGUUUGCCCAACAGCAGCAAGUUCAUCAGCACCAGUUUCCUCAGCAGCAGCUACCGUUUCCUUCCCAGCCAAUGCAUUCCCAGCAGCAAAUGCAUCGUCCGCCACAACCGUUGCCAUUUCAGCAGCAGCAUGCCUUGCAACAGCAGUUGCAUCAACUGCAGCAGCAACAGCUACAGCAACAGCAAUUGCACCUGCAGCAGCAAAACCUUCAGUUACAGCAGCAUCAGCAGCAACAGCUUCAGCAGCAACAAUUUCAGCAGCAGCACUUGCAACGUAUGCAGCAGCAGCAGCAACAAAUGCAAAAUCAGACAUCGCAACACUUGACUCCAACAUCGCAGACGCUGCACCAUCAGAUUCCAGUUCAGGCACCACAGAAUCCCCAACAGCAACAACUGCAGCAGCAUCAACUGUUUGGACAUGACCCAUCUGUAGAAGUUCCUGAAGAAUAUUUCUUACUGGGCUGUGUCUUUGCAAUUGCUGAUUACCCUGAACAGAUGUCUGAUAAACAACUGCUGGCAACUUGGAAAAGGGUAAUCCAGACACACGGUGGUACAGUUGAUCCGACACUUACAAGCCGAUGUACACAUCUUCUCUGUGAAAGUCAGCUUAGUAAUAUGUAUGCACAGGCUUUGAAAGAAAGGAAAAGAUGUAUCACUGCCCACUGGCUGAAUUCGGUGCUAAAAAAGAAGAAAAUGAUACCACCCCAUCGAGCUCUUCAUUUUCCAGUUGCAUUUCCACCUGGAGGAAAACCAUGUUCUCAGCAUAUAAUCUCUGUAACAGGUUUUGUGGAUAGUGACAGAGACGAUCUCAAGUUAAUGGCCUAUCUAGCAGGAGCAAAAUACACAGGCUAUCUUUGUCGCAGUAACACAGUUCUUAUCUGUAAAGAGCCCACUGGCUUAAAGUACGAGAAGGCCAAAGAGUGGAGGAUACCUUGUGUUAACGCACAGUGGCUCUGUGAUAUAUUACUUGGAAAUUUUGAAGCUUUGCGGCAAAUGCAGCACAAUCGAUAUACAGUAUUCAAUCUUCAAGAACCACUUGCUCCUAAUCAGCAUCUAGUUCCAAACCUUCUUGAUGCUUGGAGAGUGCCUUUAAAGGUGUCACCUGAACUUCAAAUGAAUGUGAGAUUACCACUUAAACCAAAGCAGAAUGAAUCAGUAAUUCAACCUUCGACCAAGAGGCCAAGAAUUGAAGACCUGCCAACACCUACAAAAAAACUGACACCAGAAUUGACACCAGUGGUUCUUUUUACAGGAUUUGAGCCUACUCAAGUGCAUCAGUACAUCAAGAAACUCUACAUUCUUGGCGGUGAAGUAGCAGAGUCUGCUCAGAAAUGUACUCAUUUGAUAGCUAGUAAAGUAACCCGUACUGUAAAAUUCCUGACCGCAAUUUCAGUUGUAAAACAUAUUGUAACCCCAGAAUGGUUGGAAGAAUGUUUCAAGUGCCAGAAAUUUAUAGAAGAACAAAGCUACAUACUCCGAGAUGCAGAAGCUGAAGUCCUUUUCUGUUUCAGUUUGGAAGAAUCUCUAAAGAGAGCACAAGUAGCACCACUCUUUAAGGGAAAGUACUUCUAUAUUACUCCUGGAAUUUGCCCUAGCCUAUCCACCAUGAAAUCAAUCGUGGAAUGUGCAGGUGGGAAGGUAUUAUCCAAACAACCUUCUUUCCGAAAACUUAUGGAACACAAACAAAAUAAGAGUUUGUCAGAGAUUAUCCUUAUCUCCUGUGAAAAUGAUCUACACUUAUGCCGAGAAUACUUUGCCAGGGGCAUAGAUGUCCACAAUGCAGAAUUUGUUUUGACUGGUGUUCUUACUCAAACGCUGGAUUAUGACUCAUAUAAGUUUACCUGACUCGAAGUAAAAUGCCUUGUUUUGCUUCAGAUUUUUUGAGCCCUUCCUCCAAGCUUCCUUCCAGCCUGUGGAUCAGUAAAUCAGGACUUCGUGGAAUUCUUUUUUCUCUUAUUUUGCUGAAGGGUGAAGAACAGUUUGAGGCAGGAGAGCAAAAGUUUACUGCAUCUGUUUAAGAUGUGCCACCUUUUUUUAUUAAACAUAAUUAACUAUGUUUUUUUGUACUAUACUAUAGACCAGAGAGAUUACUUUUUAUAUUGCAAAAUAGUUUUCCUGAUUUUUUUUAAAGUUUUAAUAAUCGGCAGUAUUCAACCAAAAUCAAAAUUAAAAUGUAAAGGAA